AUGAACCACAGCCGACCUGCGGGUUACACCGACAGCCCCAGGGCUCGGAGUCGAGACAACCUGCUGAUGUACGAUGACUUUGGAGAGGAAAACUGUUGCUCCGGUCGAUGGCUCACCCACAGCAGCUCUGAGAGACAGCUCAUGGCUCCUCUCAGUGCUGUGAAACGUCGCCAGGCCCUGCGUGGUCCAGCCUACAUGUUCUCUGCUCCCUCAGUCAGCCUGUCAGACGUCGAGCAGCGUUUUCUGGAGGCGGCUGAAUACGGCAACAUACCAGAGGUGCGGCGCAUGCUGCUCCAAGUGCCCAACUUGAACGUCAACGCUGUGGACUACAUGGGCCAGAAUGCACUGCAGCUGGCUGUAGCCAACGAACAUCUGGAGGUGACAGAGCUGCUGCUGGGGAGGCCGGAUUUGUCCAGAGUGGGUGACGCCCUCCUGUUAGCCAUCAGUAAAGGUUAUGUUCGCAUCACAGAGGCCCUGUUGUGUCACCCAGCGUUCAGAGAUGCCAAUCGUCUGACAGCAAGCCCUGUUCAAGCAGACAUGUUGGAUGACUUCUAUGCUUAUGAUGAGGAUGGGACGAGGUUCUCUCAUGACGUUACUCCAGUGAUCCUUGCAGCGCACUGCCAGGAAUACGAGAUCGUUCACACCCUGCUCAGUAAAGGCGCUCGCAUCGAUCCCCCUCACGAUUACUUCUGUGGCUGCGACUCCUGUAACUACCAGCAGCAGUUUGACUCCUUCAGCCACUCCCGAUCACGGAUCAAUGCCUACAGAGGACUCGCCAGUCCUGCUUACCUCUCCCUGUCCAACGAAGACCCGGUGCUGGCAGCCCUGGAGCUCAGCAACGAGCUGGCCAUGCUGGCUAAUAUUGAGAAAGAAUUUAAGAACGACUACUGCUGUCUGUCGAGCCAGUGUAAAGACUAUGUGGUGGGCCUUCUGGAUCUGUGUCGCAGCACAGAGGAGGUGGAGGCCAUACUGAGCGGAGAAACGAACUCUGAAGACAGCUACGAUCUACCAGGUCGCCCUUCCCUCACACGACUCAAAUUAGCCAUCAAAUAUGAACUCAAGAAGUUUGUGGCUCAUCCUAACUGCCAGCAGCAGCUGCUGAGUAUCUGGUAUGAGAAUCUGCCCGGCCUGAGACAACAAACCACUGCUAUCAAAAUGCUGGUGGUGCUGGCAGUAGCUAUAAGCCUGCCUGGACUGGCUGUGGCUUACUGGAUUGCUCCGUGCAGCAGAGUUGGGAAAGUGAUGCGAAGCCCCUUCAUGAAGUUUGUGGCCCACGCUUCAUCCUUCACAAUUUUUCUGGGUCUACUGAUCCUGAAUGCUGCUGACCGCUUCGCAGGCACCACCCUGCUGCCAAACAUGACCCACCAUCAUCUCCAAGGAUUCAGCUCUGACCCGCUGCUGCUCUACCGCAUGACCACGACACCCUUCACAUGGAUGGAGACCCUCAUCAUUGCAUGGGUCAUGGGUAUGAUCUGGGCUGAGGUGAAGGAGAUCUGGAGUCAAGGGCCGGGGGAGUACCUGGUCGAACCGUGGAACUUCCUGGACUUUGGGAUGCUGGCAAUCUUCCUCGCCUCUUUCAGCUGCCGCUUCUCCACCCUGAGACACGCUGACUUAGCCCAGACCUAUGUACACACACACUACACAACACUGAUUAAUGUCACACUGCCCCCAGAGAUACACUACUUCACACUGGCACGCAUCUACUGGUUGCCGUCAGAUCCCCAGUUGGUAUCGGAGGGCCUGUACGCUGUGGCAGUGGUGCUGAGUUUCUCUCGGAUAGCUUACAUCCUCCCAGCCAAUGAGAGCUUCGGCCCACUGCAGAUCUCUCUGGGGAGGACUGUCAAGGACAUCUUCAAGUUCAUGGUCAUCUUCAUCCUGGUCUUUCUGGCGUUCAUGAUCGGCAUGUUCAACCUGUACUCUUAUUACCUGGGGGCCAAGCAGAAUGACGCCUUCACCACCCUGGAGGAGAGCUUCAAGACGCUGUUCUGGGCCAUAUUUGGACUUUCCGAGGUCAGGUCCGUCGUGAUCAAUAACGGGCACAAAUUCAUUGAGAACAUUGGCUACGUGCUGUAUGGGGUCUACAACGUUACCAUGGUGAUAGUGCUGCUCAACAUGCUCAUCGCCAUGAUUAACAGCUCCUUCCAGGAGAUUGAGGAUGAUGCUGAUGUUGAGUGGAAGUUUGCUCGGGCCAAACUCUGGUUCUCUUACUUUGAGGAGGGAAGGACGCUCCCUGUACCCUUUAACCUGGUCCCCAGUCCAAAAUCUAUGCUGGGACUCGCGACGGCCAUCAAGUCCCUGCUCCUGCAGUACGUGGCAGGACACAGUGAGAAGAAAACGGAGACACAGCUCAACCAGCUCGGAGCAGGCAAAGGUUCAGGAUAUGGUGCUUCUACAAGGUCAUCCAGAUAUCAGAAAAUCAUGAAACGACUGAUAAAGCGUUACAUCAUCAAAGCCCAAGCAGACAAGGAGAGUGACGAGAUCACUGAAGGUGAGCUGAAAGAGAUCAAGCAGGACAUCUCCAGUCUGCGAUACGAGCUGCUCGAGGAGAAAUCACAGAACAUGGAGACACUGGACGGACUGCUGAGGAGGCUGGGAGAGAUCGGCACACCUUCAUAGCAGUGCUGCCAAUCACCCUGACUUGUACAUAAAAAAACAACAGCUCAAAGAGUUUUAAGUGCCUGCUCUCAAUCAUUACAUGUAGAUACACAAAAUAUUGAUAUAAAAUAAGAAUGUGAAUUUGAAAUUAAAAUGUAGCUUGCA